UUCAUAUUGGGAUGAAACAAAUUUUGAUUUUUCAUCAGUAUCAUCAGCUAAUCAUGAUGAUAAUCCAUUUUCAUUUACAGAAGCUGAUAUUAUUCUUGAUGGAAAUUGGCUUGAUUUAUGUACAAAAUAUAUGAAAGAAAUGAUAUCAACAGUACCUGUUCGUGGUUAUUAUCCAUAUGAUGAUGACAUUGAUCUCAGUAAAGUAUCAAUAACAAGACUAAAGAAAUCUUAUAAACGAUUUUUAUAUAUGGCAACAAAAUAUCCACCAUCAAAUGGAUAUAGUUUUAUACAUCCAACAUAUGCGAUUGAUAUAAUUUGGCAUUCACAUAUGCAAGAACCAUUAAAAUAUGCAUCUGACUGUAUUCGUCUUGUUGGCUAUAUAAUUGAUCAUGCACCAUGGCCAUCGGUUGAUACAAAUAAAAUGAAACGUUCUUGUGAUGAUACGAUGGAUGCUUCGAAAAAGGAAUUUGACAAUGAUAUGCGAACAGAUCAUUUAUACAAUACUAAAGGAUUUCGGUUAUGA